AUGACGCUCACGCCGCCACUUUUCCUGGCGCUGACGCUCGGCCUUAUGGGCGUACAGGCCACCGUGGAUCUCCGCACGGCCGCCGCCAUGGCGGCAGGGCUUUGCAAGACGCGCCCCACCGACCUGGUGUUCAUUGUGGACAGCAGUCGCAGCGUACGACCCUCUGAGUUUGAGCAGGUCAAAGUCUUCCUGGCCAAGGUCAUCGAGGGCCUUGACGUGGGCCCCAACGCCACUCGUGUGGGCGUGGUCAACUACGCCAGCAGAGUCAAGAACGAGGUGUCCCUGAAGACGCACCGCACCAAGGCUGCGCUUGUUAAGGCGGUGACCAAAGUGGAGCCUCUGUCCACGGGCACCAUGACAGGCCUGGCUAUUCAAUUCGCUCUCAAUGUGGCAUUCAGCGAGAACGAGGGCGCUCGCGUCAAGUCUCCCGAUAUCAGCAAGGUGGCCAUCAUCGUGACGGACGGUCGCCCCCAAGACAACGUGAAGGACGUGGCCCAGCGCGCACGAGACGCCGGCAUCGAAAUCUUCGCCAUCGGCGUGGGCCGCGUGGACAUGAGCACGCUCAAGCAGAUGGCAAGCGAGCCCCUGGACGACCACGUAGACUACGUGGAGAGCUACAGCGUCAUCGAGAAGCUCACCAAGAAGUUCCAGGAGGCUUUCUGUGUGUCGGACCUGUGCGCCACCGGAGAUCACGACUGCCAGCAGGUAUGCAUCAGCUCCCCCGGAUCGUACAAGUGCGCCUGCAAAGAAGGCUUUACCCUCAUGGACGAUGGACGUACCUGCAGUGCGUGCAGCAACUCUGCGACAGACGUGGUCUUCCUGAUCGACGGAUCGAAGAGCGUGCGUCCGGAGAACUUUGAGCUGGUCAAGAAGUGGAUCAACCAAAUUGUGGACAAGCUGGACGUGUCAGACAGCAAAGCGCACGUCGGCCUGGUGCAGUACUCCAGCCUGGUCCGACAGGAGUUCCCGCUGGGUCGCCAUAACAACAAGAAGGACCUGAAGGAGGCCGUGAAGAAGAUGGCAUACAUGGAGAGGGGAACCAUGACCGGUCAGGCUCUGCGCUACCUCACCGACAAAAGCUUCAGCAUUGGCCACGGCGCUCGGCCGGGCGUCUCCAAGGUGGGCAUCGUUUUCACGGAUGGACGCAGCCAGGACUACAUCGGUGAUGCUGCCAAGAAGGCCAAGGAAAUGGGUUUCAAGAUGUAUGCAGUGGGCGUGGGCAAUGCCGUGGAGGAUGAGCUGAAGGAGAUCGCCUCGGAGCCCACUGGGGAGCACUACUUCUACACCGCAGAUUUCAAGGCCAUGACGCAGAUUGCCAAGAAGCUGCAGAUUAACAUCUGCCAAGAGGAGGAUCCAUGCGAGUGUGACUCCCUGGUUAAGUUCCAGAAGAAAGUAGAAGAAGCCCUGCAAGCACUAACAAAGAAAGUAGAGAGUAUGUCUAAGAGGAUCGCUCUGCUGGAGAACAAAAUUGUGUGA